AUGGAGGGUGAUCUAGAAGCAAAAGAGGAACUCUAUGCACAGGAAACUGCGAGGAAGAUAAGCGAGAGCCAGGGACUCAGGGAGGCCGAAAAAAAUUCCUCUGCUCACUUCGAUGAGAAUGCUCCUCCUCUGCUGGAAGCUCUCUCUCACUCG